UGCCAUUUUAAUUACGGUGAAGUCUCUGUAGAUGGUCAGGGGCUUCUGUGUGCGGUGUUGGGAGCGAGGUGACAGGCUAAGAGGCGCAAGAGGAGGCUCUGUGCGCACUGAACCGGGGCGGUUUUGAGGGUCGGGGACAGACACUUGCAGUGUCCGUGCAGAGUGGGACCCGGUCGGUCGACUGUCGCCACUCCUUUCCGUCCAGAAGUUCCGAUGGCGGCGUCUGCGCUGAGGGACCAGGCUCAGGUAAACGCUGUGCGUUCCGAGUUCUCCCCGGCCUGUCUCCCCACCCAGAUACGAACGGCCCGCGUGGGAGGCGGCUGUUCACGUCGCUUUAUCCCAGGCCCAGGGUCUAGGACAGAGGGGCCUCCAGGGGUCUUUUCCCUUUUUCUGCCUGCGUGAGACUUGGAGAUGGAACUGAAGCAGGAACAUUCCGGGAACCUGGAGUCCAUCUUGUUUCUGCAAGGAAGAAAGUUUGAGGCCAGGUUGCAUCUGGAGUGGUAGAUGAGAGGUUAUACCUUUCUUCUCCGAGAGGAAAGCCCUCCGAGAAGGGCUCCGAGAGCCCUCGGAGCGGUGGAGAGUUUUGAACACAGGAAAGACACCAUCUGAAUUAGGCCUUUAAAAAUACUCCAGAGCCUGUUUGGUGGAAGUACAGACUGUAGGGGGUGAUGAGAUUAUUGAGGCAGAGGGAAGUUGUGACUUUUCCAAAGUCACAACUUGUAAGAGGUAGCACCGGGGACCGAGGCACGGAGGAGAGGUUUGCUAGUCAUCCCGAUGUUACCUGGCUCUGGUACCUGACAGAGGUCCAGUUGUGAGAAGGACAGAGAUGUCCUUGGGAAAAAGAGAAAGGCAGAGCCUAGCUCACAGCAUAGAGGUGUGUGUGAGGGCUUUACCCAGCAUGCAUACAAGUGCAUGAGCCUCUGGAACACAGCCAUGUUCUCUUUCCUCCAUAGUUUGCCUUUUCUUACAUGUUCCCAGGCUGCAGAAACACUUGGAGCAAGUGGAGGUUGUCCCAGUCCCUCGCUUGUUCUCACCCCCCACGCACACAUUCUCUGUAUUUGAGGUGUAUUGGGGCUCUUCACCUGCCAUUCUCCCAGCUCUUUUGUUUGGGGACCCUGGAGAACCCCAUGCUCAGUUUCCUGAGUGAAGGCCGGGUUCUAUGGAGGGGUUUCCCAUUUCCCAACACCAGUGGAAGGAGGCGUGGAAGGUUACUCAUGAAUCCAAUACCAGUAUGUGGAAGUGCUCUGAGGUGAGGCUGAGCUGGUUUAGGUAAGUGCAGAUCUCCUUUUUUCUGGUGGAAAUAAACAGGGAAGGGCAAGAGUUAGACUUGAAAUGACUGCCUAUGUAUUCUGGAGGAAAAGGGAGGUGCAGAUCAAAGGAAGAUGGUUUUCUUCCCCAGGUCCCAAGAAGCUCCAUCUGAUUGGGUAGUAGGGGAAAUGUGUAGGAAGAUGGAUUGUGGGUUUUCAGGAGUGAGACUGUUCAUGGUUUUAUUUGUCCCUGUUUACCAGGGCAGUGUGACCUUUGAGGAUGUUGCCGUGUACUUCUCCUGGGAGGAAUGGUGUCUUCUUGAUGAGGUUCAGAUACACCUGUACCUUGAUGUCAUGCUGGAGAACUUUGCACUUGUAUGCAUGCUGGGUUCUUGGCACUGGGUCGAGGAUGAAGAGACACCUUCUGAACAGAGCGUAUCUGCAGAAGGAGUGUCACAGAUCAGGACUUCCAGCGCAGGUUCAUCUCUUGAGAAGACCCAGCCCUGUAAGAUGUGCCUCCCAGUCUUGAAAGACAUUUUGCACUUGGCUGAAGAGCAAGGAACAAAUAGGGGGCAGAAAGCAUACACAUGUGGGGCAUGUGGGAAACAGUUCUAUUUCACUGCAAACCUUCAAGAGCACCAGAAGCAGCACAUUAGAGAGAAACCCUUCAGCUGUGAUAUGGGGAGACACGCAUUUUUCAAAAGCUGCACAAUCCAUGCAACAGGGAAUCUCUCUAGCUACAUGGAGAUUGGGAACAACUAUGUGGCCAAAAUGGGACUUCAGAAAGAGGUCACUAAUACCAGGAAGAAACUGAACAACAGUAAGGAGUGUGAAGCUGUUUUUGACAGUGGAAAAUGUCAUCACAGCUGUGGAGAAGGCAACAAAUUCUCCAGCCACACAGAAAUACUUGUUCAGUCUGAGACAGUCCUCACUUGUGAAAGGUUUUGUGAAUGCAGCAACUGUGGGAAAGCCUGCACCCAAAGAAGUAACCAUAGUCAGCACCAGAAAGUUCACACUGGAGAAAGGCCUUAUGAAUGCAGCCAAUGUGGAAAAUUUUUUACCCACAAAUCUAGUUUCCUUACACAUCAGAGAGUUCACAGUGGGGAAAGACCUUAUGAGUGCAGUGAAUGUGGAAAAUCUUUUACUACUAGGUCUGGCCUCUAUUAUCAUCUGCGAGUUCACACUGGAGAAAGGCCUUAUGAGUGCAAUGAAUGUGGGAAAUCUUUUAGUAAUAGGUCAAUCCUUUGUAAUCAUCAGAGAGUUCACAGUGGAGAAAAGCCUUUUGAGUGCAGUGAAUGUGGGAAAUUCUUUAGCCGAAAUGGACACCUCAGUGCCCAUAAGAAAGUUCAUACUGGAGAAAAGCCUUAUGAAUGCAAUAAAUGUGGAAAAUUUUUUACUGCUAAGACGAGCCUUCAUUACCAUCAGCGAAUUCACAGUGGAGAAAAGCCUUAUGAGUGUAGUCAAUGUGGGAAAUCUUUUACUACUAGCUCUGGUUUCUAUUAUCAUCAGAGAGUUCACAGUGGAGAAAGGCCUUAUGAGUGCAAUGAAUGUGGGAAAUCUUUUACUAGUAGUUCUGGUCUCUAUUAUCAUCAGAGAGUUCACAGUGGAGAAAGGCCUUAUGAGUGCAGUGAAUGUGGGAAAUCUUUUACUACUAGUUCUGCUCUCUAUUAUCAUCAGAGAGUUCACAGUGGAGAAAGGCCUUAUGAGUGCAGUGAAUGUGGGAAGUGUUUUACUGGUAGCUCGAGCCUUAAUCGUCAUCAGAGAGUUCACAGUGGAGAAAGGCCUUAUGAGUGCAUUGCAUGUGGGAAAUGUUUUAGUAUUAUAUCUGAUCUUUAUGUUCAUCAGAGAAUUCACACAGGAGAAAGGCCUUAUAAGUGCAAUGAAUGUGGGAAAUGUUUUACUGAUACGUCAAGUCUUCGUCGUCAUCAGAGAGUUCACACUGGAGAAAGGCCUUAUGAGUGCACUGAAUGUGGGAAAUCCUUUAGCCGAAGACAGCUCCUCCAUAUCCAUAGGAAAAUCCACACUGGAGAAAAGCCUUGUGAGUGAAAGGAAUGUGAUAAAUCUUAUUGAAAGGUGCCACUUCAUUAAACAUCAGUUCACACUGGUAAAAGGGCCUUAUGAAUAUAGCGAAUAUAGAUGGGACUAAUGUUCAAGGAGUUUGAGAUUGUAACAGGGUGGGAAGAACCCCUGCAGUUACUGUGCAGCAAAUGUACCCUUUCUUGGGACAAACUGAGGCACAGAGAGAAUGUAUCAUCUGUUGUGAACAGCGAUCUGUAUUCAAUGUCAGGUUGCCUGGUUCAGGACAUAGGGAAUCUGGUCACUUCAGUCCUUUUCUCCCCCUUCCCCCGUUGAGGACAAAAAGACACGUUGUCCAUCCGGACACUUUUGCCCCCCACCCCAGGAGCCCUGCUGAUACCAUAGCCCCAUGCUGAUGAAUAGGGCUGUCUUUUCUCUGGGAAACAACAUUGAUGGCUUUCUUGGAAAUGACUCCCAUUCAUCUACCCAACCAAACCAGUGCUUAUAGUGUUCUUAUUCACAUUUGUAAAGGAAGACAUGUGCAGCCCAGAGACGUUGAGGGAAUUCCACAAGACCUCACUACUGCCAGGUCUUUGAUGAGAGUGCUUCCUCUACACUGCACCCUUCCAGUGGCCUCUCCUGCUUUGAGCAGGGACUCCCAUUUUCUUUGUCCCAAAGAUGAACUACCAACACCUGAUGUGUUUUCCACCUGGACCUCCAGCUUCAUUUUUUCCAGUGUACAUCUCCUUCCUGCAAACACCCUCCCUCUUGGGACGUUCUUACAGUGACAGCAGCACCAAGCCAGGUACUGCAGAGGAUCAUUGGAGUCACCCCAAAUGUGACACUGGCUCCACUGCCAUAUGCAGUGAUUCGUUUUCAAGGUCCUUUCCUUCUUUUUCAUAAACCCACUUCAGGAUGUCCUCGUUUCCCCAUUAUGCAGUUGACAUGCUCACUGUUCUGGGCAGUGUGAAGGACACUGAAGGACUAGGAAUGUCCACUGUGGCCCUCACAUGGCCUGGUCCCCAAGGCUAUUCCUCCUAAUCCCUUUUACCAUCCCCUUACUGCUCCUCCCCCACCACCCUCCCCAAAAUGUAAGUCACCAAAUAAUGAUUUUUAAUCAGCAAGAACUUUCCUGCCCCCCUUUUGCGACCUACAUUUGACCAACCUAGCUUAAAAGCUAAGACAGAAUGCAGGCUGACCCCUCCGAUGAAGACUGUAAAAUCGCAGUAUAAAAUCAGUAUGAUUUUAAUUGCUUUUUUCUCAUGGUUCUUUUUUUUUUUGGGUGCACUUUGUGGCAUGUGGGAUUUUAGUUAUCCAACCAGGGAUUGAACCUCUGCCCCCUGCAGUGGAAAUGCAGAGCCAUAACUAGUGGACUGCCAGGGGAUUCCCUCAGGAUUUUUCAGUUUGAGUUAUUGUGUUUUUUUUUUAAUCUGUCUAUUUUUUACCUGCAUGUCUUGUUUUGAUAAAUUUCUAUUUCUUUUACCUGCUUUUAUUUUGUGAGUUCUUGUCUGUUUUCUCUUUCCUUGACAAGUAAGAGAUCAGGGAAACAACAAAGGUAUCUGUGAGAUUUCACACAUUUACCCAAUGUGAGUGACUUCUUUUCUGCAUGGAACUGUAAUUUGGCAUAGUGAAAGAAUAUGUUCUCAAUUUUUUCUUAAUUUUGGUCUUAUGCAUAAUGUAAUGGCCACAUACAUUAUAUAUGUUAAAGAUAAAUCUGGGGCUUCCCUGGUGGUGCAGUGGUUGAGAGUCCACCUGCCGAUGCAGGGGACACGGGUUCGUGCCCCAGUCCGGGAAGAUCCCA